CAGCUUUUCAAAUUUAAGUAUUAAAGUGAGAACAAAGUGGGAAUGGCCAAGUUUAAUAACAAGGCAUCAAUGCUUCUUAAGUUGGCCAUUAUGCUCUCUCUUUUUGUCAUGAUCUCCACUGCUCAGAGUAGAAAGAUUAGCAUUGGAUUUGGGAAUGCCAAAUCAACUCCAGAAUGUGAUUCAGUUUAUGGUGCACAAGAUGGGGAUACUUGUACAAGCCUUGCUGCCCAGUUCGAUCUGACCCUUGAAUUCUUCUCUUCCAUUAAUCCGAAUCUCAACUGUGAUGCCAUCUUUGUGGGUCAAUGGCUCUGUACUGAUGGAACUGCUUGAUUGUCUUUAUGUUCAAGUGAUGCAUGCAGCCUAGGAUCACACUGCAUGUAUAAAGAGAAAAAAGAAUAUAACAAAUUUAUCUGUUUUUUCUUUUCCCUUCUUCUUCUUCUUCUUUUUUUAACCAUAGUUAUUCCAUUGUAAUUUGAGUCUAUGAAAUGAUAGACUCAAGCAAUGAGAACUGAAUGCAGCAAUAAGGGCUUAAUUUUCAUUGUUACCAUUAAUUUCCUUAUUACUAUUUGCUCUUAUAUGUAUAUUUGUUGUUGUUUUUUUUAUUGUAGAAAGGAAAAAAGAAUUGGCGUUGUUCGAUA